UUACUCUGUAUCGCUUUCUCUCUCUAAGGUCACACCUUUCACUUUCUAGACUCCUGUCUCCUUCCUCACCUGCUCUGUCAAUCCGUUAACCCAAUCUCUCUCUCUCUCUCUCUGUGCUUCUUUUUCUUCCUUAGCGAAGCAGCAAACUGAAUGGGCCACUCAAUUUUCCCAGAAAAAAGCAGCAAACUAGCUGUGGAGCUAGCUAUAGUUCAAUGUAGUUGAUGUAGAUUGGUAAAGCAUUAUAAAUUAGACUUUGAGAAUGAACGAAAUCUCUCAACGGUAAUGAUUAUGGCAGCUGUGACUACGACCAGCUGCGGCAGUACUCGAGCAUUUACCAAAUCUUCAUCUUCGAUAUACCAGUCGGAGAAGGACGACGCAUCCAUUAAUGAAGCUUUCAGCGGCCGCGGGAGACCCCGCAACAAGGAAACAACGUCGAGCUAUAUCGGUUCCUCUAUUAUAUCCUCAGCAAAAUGCAACUCUUCAUGUAUUCCCACCAUUUCAUCUUCGUCCUCCACCUUGUCUUCUACUCCUCCACGAUCUGAAUCCGUCGUUUCGGUGUCCGACGCUGCAACAAGGACGGUGUUACCAUCGACCACUCGAAGCCUACCUGUAUCCUUCCAGGGCGAAUCAUUCUUUUUCCAGACCAAGGAGGCCAAACCCGCACCACGAAAGCCCGCCAUAGAGUGCCGUGAAGCCAAUGUGGUCGGGAUCGAAAACUCCCAGUCCGAUCGAUGGCCGGCGACGAGAGCCAGAGAGCCGAAUUCGGCUACGAGCAGCUUGGAUUGCUUUUCAAAUAAGGAACAUUCCCUUUUGGUGACUGUUCAGUUUCUUCAUCAGUCAUUGCUGUCUGACGAGGUCGUUAAUUUCAACAUUGGCGAUCGAACCCAGUCACUGAAUUCCGAAAUUGUCUCAUCUGGAAGCAGUUCAAGUUCGCCGGAGCCGGGAUUUCCGGCGAAAGUGCAUGCUAAACCUCCUGGAAUUUGUAUUCCUGCGAGAUUCCGGCAGGAGAAUGGCUGCCCUCAACCUCAAGCCCAAAGCACUCCAAAGAUGCUCACUAAAAAGCAGCAGACAUUAUCUAACACCCAACUGGCAUCUUCCAGAUUUGUGUCUUCUCCCCCAUCCGGACCCGUUAACUCUUCUUCUCCCAAAGACAUUGGGGUUUCAAGGAUUAGAAGGAAUAUCAUGGAGAGCUACUCUAAUGGUUCAGCAGGCAAUGCUCCUUCCAUUAUAAGCUUUGCUUCUGAGGUAAGGAGAAGAAAGAAAGGGGAGAGCCGGAUCGAAGACGCCCAUCUGCUGCGGUUGUUCCAUAAUCGGUAUCUGCAGUGGCGGUAUAUCAAUGCGCGUGCUGAAAAUACAAUUUCAACUCAGAUGAUGAACACACAGAAUAAAUUAUAUUAUGCAUGGAUGACCUUCUCAGAAUUGCAUGGUGCAGUAAUGAAUAAGCAAGUAAAUCUUCAAGUAUUGAGGCAAAACUUGAAGUUAGCUUCCAUUCUGAUGGGACAAAUUGUGCACCUAGAAAAGUGGUAUACUCUUGACGAAGGCCAUGAAAUUUCUUUUAAAGGAGCUAUAGAUGCAUUGAAGGCCAGCACGCUUCGCCUUCCGGUUAUUGGAGGCGCCAAGGUGGACAUUAAAGAGGUAAAAGAUGCAGUAAAUUCAGCAGUUGGUGUCUUGCAGUCAUUGAUGGUUUCAGUAUCUUCUUUACUUUCAAAGGUGGAAAGAAUCAGCUCCCUGGUAUCUGAGUUUGGAAAACUGGCAGCACAUGAAGAGGCUUUCCUCAACCAUUGCAGAGAUCUCAUCUCAAUUGUUGCAGCAUUGCAUGUGAAACAGAGUAGUCUUCAAAGCUACAUGUUACAAUUGCGAAGAAAUAAGAAAUAAAAGCAGUAUUUCACCAUCACUAACAGCAGUGGCCUUUCCCCUCUUUCUAAGAAGAGAAUGGUUCAU